UACUUUGCGUGUGGAGCAUCUCUGUUCCUAUAUUUUUAGUGUAUGUACGCAACCAUACGCGACAGCUGGCGACACGUUGACUGCUUUUAUGCAAAUGUAGACAUUGCAGUUUUGAUACAAUGAAUAUGUAGGUUGCGAACAUGCGAUAAUUAUUGACGUUUGAUACGUUGAUGAAUACAUACUAUUGAGCCGGCUUUGGAUUAACCCAGUUUCUUUCGUUCGACGAAAGAUAUAUAAUUUGAAGAUGAGGAUCGUACAGUUUAGAAGAAAUCGCUUGUUCCACAUAUUGAUUGGUAGCACCUUGGUGUUGCUAGUUUUGUACAUUCUCCUUGGUUCUUCGGACAAUCAUAUGAACAAUAUAAAGGAAUAUUGGGCACAAGGUCUUGGAAAGAAACAGGUACCAGUGUUUGUAGAAGGUUUAGGAAAUUAUGAACCACGUGAUAUACCAGUUAGAUCUGGCCCUGGAGAAGGUGGUAAACCACAUAUUUUAAGAGAUGAUCAGCUAAAUGAUGUUCAGCAAUCAGAAUCCGAUUAUGGUAUGAAUAUGGUAUGUUCUGACGAAAUCUCAUUGUCAAGAGCGAUACCAGAUACCAGACCUGCAGAAUGUAAACAUUGGAACUAUCCAGAAGAAUUACCACGCACCAGCGUCAUUAUAGUUUUUCACAACGAAGGUUGGUCUGUUUUACUGCGAACAAUCCAAAGCGUUAUAGAUCGCACUCCCUCAAAAUUUCUCGAAGAAAUUCUUCUUGUUGAUGAUUUUUCUGAUAAAGAGAAUUUAAAAGGUGAUUUAGAUUCCUAUAUUGAACAGUGGGAAGGUAAAGUUAGAUUACUUAGAAACUAUGAAAGGCAGGGUUUAAUACGAACGCGAUCUCGAGGAGCACGCGAAGCCAAGGGUGAAGUAAUAGUAUUUUUAGAUGCUCAUUGCGAAGUCAAUGUAAAUUGGCUUCCUCCGCUUUUAGCACCAAUUGCUGAAAAUAGAAAUGUCAUGACUGUUCCUGUGAUAGACGGCAUUGAUCAUAAGACCUUUGAAUAUCGUCCUGUAUAUCAAGAAGGACAUUUAUACAGAGGAAUUUUUGAGUGGGGCAUGUUGUAUAAAGAGAACGAGUUGCCUAGACGAGAAGCCAAAACACGUGCACAUGAUAGUAUGCCGUACAGGUCACCUACGCAUGCAGGUGGGUUAUUCGCGAUAAAUCGACAAUACUUUUUAUCAUUGGGUGGAUACGACGAAGGACUGCUCGUCUGGGGAGGAGAAAAUUUCGAACUGUCCUUUAAGAUAUGGCAAUGCGGCGGAAGCAUUUUGUGGGUACCGUGCUCACACGUUGGACAUGUUUACCGAGGAUUCAUGCCUUAUACGUUCGGUAAACUUGCUCAGAAGAAAAAAGGACCAUUGAUAACUAUUAAUUAUAAACGAGUUAUAGAAACGUGGUUUGACGAGAAGCAUAAGGAAUUCUUUUAUACUAGAGAACCUCUAGCCCGUUUACUCGAUCACGGUGAUAUAUCCGAGCAAUUAGCCUUUAAGGAACGCAAGAAAUGUAAGAGCUUCCAGUGGUAUAUUGAUAAUGUAGCAUACGAUGUACUAGAUAAAUUUCCAGAAUUACCACCAAAUAUUCACUGGGGAGAACUACGAAAUGUGGCAACUGGAUCAUGUUUAGACACUAUGGGUCAUGCACCACCAAGUCUCAUGGCUACUUCCCAUUGUCAUGGGUUUGGAAAUAAUCAACUUAUCAGAUUGAAUGCCAAGGGUCAAUUAGGUGUUGGUGAGAGAUGUAUUGAAGCAGACGGCCAGGGUGUCAAAUAUGCAUUUUGUCGCCUAGGAACUGCAGACGGUCCAUGGCAGUAUGAUGAAAAAACAAAAACUCUAUUACAUAGAGUACAUAAGAAAUGUAUGGCACUUCAUCCCCAAACUCAACAAUUAUCUCUGAUGCCGUGUGACAUAAACAACACUUAUCAACAAUGGAGUUUUCACCAAGUCCAUCCACGAUGGUAAUAUAAAAAAGAGAGACCAAAACUAUUUAUCAAAAUUUGUAAAUUAUUUGAGAUUAUGUGGAAAUUUUCGCAAGAGAAUGCAAAAUUUAUCUAGUAAUGCAGGAUAGUUUGGCAUUUAUUUGCGAAUUUAUUAUACGUUAGUGUGAUAUAAAUAAAUAAUAACUACAAAGUUGAAUAUUGACAUGCUCGAACAAAUAUCUAAGAGCAACCACGAAUUUUAUAUAUGUUAAAAGUGAAACUCAGGAGGUAAGCACUCAUUAUAAAGUGCAUAAAGUAAAUUUCAAACUUGAUUUAUGAGCUUCUUGAAGUGUCUAUAUUUAAAUAUUAAUUAAAAUAGUGCUUGGAUAUGUAAUUUUUUUUAAGCAGAACUAUCCGAUUAAAGAAUAUUGCUACUUCUUUACACUGACUGAUACAUUAAUGAAAAAUUAGUAUUAAUAGCAUUUAUAUAUAUAUUUUUUGAUACAUGAUCUUCCCAUUGCUACUGCCAAGAUUUCUUCCUGUAACAUUAUUCCUGAGAUGGAUUAAUUUGUUAAAAUUUCAGUUAAAAUAUUUUUAAAUCUUGAAUUCGGAAAAAUUUGUGGAUUUUCAUAUUGUUCGAGAGAUAAAGGUUUGAUAUCGCGACACAUAGAUUUAUAUUCAUUUCUAAAUAAAAAUUGUAAUUUAUAUAUAGAUAUUAUAUACAUCUGCGUGAAUCUUAUGCGAGAAUGUGUGUAAAAAUUUAUAUAUAAAAAAAUAUGUACAUUCCAGAAAGUUAAAAUACUUAUUACAUA